GGCGCGAGGGUCGGCCGGGUAGAUUUCCUUUCAUCGUUUCUUACCUCCAACCGCCUUUUCUUCUUCUUCUUCCCCCGGAGCGGCGACGGUGAUUGCUCGAAGGAAACAUGAGGGGCGACAGAGGCCGUGGUCGUGGCGGGCGCUUUGGUUCUCGGGGAGGUCCUGGCAGUGGGUUCCGACCCUUUGUGCCUCACAUCCCUUUUGACUUCUACGUGUGUGAAAUGGCUUUUCCCCGUGUGAAACCGGCCCCAGAUGAGACAGCCUUCAGUGAAGCCUUGUUGAAGAGGAACCAGGACCUUGCUCCAACAUCCGCUGAACAGGCGUCUAUCCUCUCUCUGGUGACCAAGAUCAACAAUGUGAUAGAUAACUUGAUUGUGGCGCCGGGAACGUUCGAAGUGCAAAUUGAAGAGGUUCGCCAGGUGGGGUCCUACAAGAAAGGCACCAUGAUGACUGGCCACAAUGUGGCUGAUCUUGUCGUGAUCCUGAAAAUCUUGCCCACAUUGGAAGCUGUCGCUGCCUUGGGAAACAAAGUGGUGGAGAGCUUGAGGACUCAGGAUCCGGCUGAAGUUCUGACUAUGCUCACCAACGAGACCGGUUUUGAAAUCAGCUCUGCUGAUGCGACGGUGAAGAUCCUGAUCACUACCGUGCCCCCCAAUCUACGCAAGCUGGAUCCAGAGCUGCACUUGGAUAUAAAAGUCCUGCAGAGCGCUCUGGCCGCUAUCCGACACGCCCGCUGGUUCGAGGAAAACGCCUCUCAGUCCACGGUGAAGGUCUUGAUCCGUCUGCUAAAGGACCUUAGGAUGCGGUUCCCCGGCUUUGAACCCCUCACCCCCUGGAUUCUGGACCUGCUGGGACACUAUGCCGUGAUGAACAACCCAACCCGGCAGCCUUUGGCUCUCAACGUUGCAUACAGGCGCUGCCUUCAGAUUUUGGCAGCAGGGCUGUUCCUUCCUGGGUCGGUGGGCAUCACCGAUCCCUGUGAGAGUGGCAACUUCCGAGUCCACACAGUCAUGACCUUGGAGCAACAGGACAUGGUUUGCUACACGGCUCAAACCCUCGUCCGCAUUCUCUCCCACGGCGGCUACCGAAAGAUCCUCGGGCAGGAAGGAGACGCCAACUACCUGGCUACCGAAAUGUCGACCUGGGAAGGAGUGAUUGUGACUCCGUCAGAGAAGGCAUACGAGAAACCGCCGGAGAAGAAGGAAGGGGAAGAGGAGGAAGAGAACCAGGAAGACACACCUGCCGGGGAGGAGGAAGAGAGCAUGGAGACCCAGGAGUGAACCCCCAGUGAAAUUCUCCCGGCCCCUCAUACUUGAUGAACCAGCUGAAGAAAGUUGUAGUACAGGACCAAGCCUGCGUCCUACCCACGUGUUAAUUUCUGAUUGUUUUGUUUUUAUAGUUCUUGCCAUUAAAAUGGACUUUUUUUCCCUUUUACAA